CAAAGGGACACAACAAUGGCUGCCUCCUCGGGGCCAGGUGGCAACAAUGUAAGUGAACCUUACAACAUCACGGAAUUGAGGUGAUCGAGCUGCCUAGCAAUGGCAUGUUGCAAAUGGCGGUUUCAAGCUCCAAAGCUCCAAAGCUCCAGCUUCAACCUCAAGCAGCACCUCGAGGUUCUGGCUAACUGCCUCAACAGGCCACCGACGGGUCCAACCCUGUAUCCGGCCAAAGUGCGACACCACAAGCUCCUCAAAGCUCACCCCACCUGCUCGACGAGCACCUACUCACGCCUGCUUCCAUCAGCUCACUAGAGGUCCAUGGAGCGACCAACACCCGGAGGAGUCUGCUCGACCAUGUUUUCAAGCCUCUUAUGGAGGACAGCGCCAUUCCGGGAACUACUUUGGGCCAGGUCCUUGAACGCCUGGGGGCAGCCACCAGGAAGCUGUCUCGUUUCGGUGCGCCUCUAUUCUAUCCCUACCAAUACCACAACUUUUGAGCAGGCAUUGUUAACCCAGCUGCCGGCGGUGUUUAAUAAAGACAUAUUCAAGGAGGAAGGGUUCAACCUGUUCCUAUCCGAAGCACAACACCCCUCGCCCACAACCGCACCACCGACAGACCGAACCGACCUGGACAUCUCGAUCCGCGUAAAGGAAAAAUCACGCCUGGUGUUCAGCGCGGGCACCGACUUUGGCAACGCCGAGGGGUCGGCGUACACCAACGCUGUCGCGCGCAACAUAUUCGGUGGCGCCGAGACGCUCACCGUCAACGCCAGCACGGGGACGCGCACGCGGUCCGCCUACAAUGCCGUCUUCUCGACGCCCUUAAACGGCAACCCGGACCUGCGCCUCUCGGUCGAGGCCCUGCGCUCGGCCACACAGAAGCCCUGGGCGUCCCACGAGGAGCGCCUGACGGGCGCCAACCUGCGCCUGGCCUGGCUCACCCAAUCCACGGGUGACAGAGAGGACAGCCACGCGCUGGCCUUCUCCACCGUUUGGCGCCAGCUGACCUCCCUUGCCGCAACCGCAUCCCCCACCGUCCGCGCCGACGCCGGCGACUCCCUGAAGUCCUCCAUCACGCACACUUUCACGCGCGACCGCCGCGACAACCCUUUACUCCCGCAGCGCGGCUACCUCCUGCGGAGCAUCACCGAGCUGGCCGGGUGGGGCCCUUUGCAAGGCGACGUGUGCUUCGCCAAGACAGAGCUCGAGGCCUCGGGGGCGCUGCCCGUGCCCAUCGCAAACAACCAAAACUCGGGGGUAUCCCUCGGCGCGGGCCUGCGCGUGGGCGUGCUGUACCCCUUGCCUACUGGAUAUUCGCUUACCGGAAAGGCCAUGCCGAGCCGGAUCAACGACCGGUUUCAGCUCGGCGGACCGACCGACGUGCGCGGGUUCAAGAUUGGCGGGCUGGGCCCGCACGACGGGGCCGACGCUGUGGGCGGGGACGUUUUCGCCGCGGGCGGGGUCAGCAUGCUUGUGCCGCUGCCGCGCACGGCUGGUGCAGACUCGCCGCUGCGCCUGCAGCUGUUUGCCAAUGCCGGGCGGUUGGUGGCUGUGACGCCUCCAAGGAGGAGGGGGACAAGCAAGGUUGAGGGGAGCGGGGAUGGGGAGACUACGAUGGCCAUGGACUCCAGGACGGUGUUCAACGGCGUCAAGUCGGCCGUUGGGGAGCUUGUGAAUGGCCUCCCCAGCAUGGCGGCCGGCGUAGGGCUGGUCUAUGCACACCCCGUCGCGAGGUUUGAGCUGAAUUUUAGCCUGCCGCUCGCGCUGAGAAAGGGGGAGGAGGGGCGCAAGGGGUUGCAGGUGGGUGUGGGCAUUAACUUUUUGUAAUGGGAGUCGACAAAUACAGGGUUUGUGCGAUCUGGUUUUGUCGACUAGAUCGUGCUGUGUAAUAAAAAUGUAGACAUUAUCUGGCUGGAUCGGAG